AUGCUGAUGAUACAUCCGGAUGAUGAAAUUUUCGUUGUUUUUUCGAAUUAUGGAUAUGAAAAACGUUUUCUUAUUCAAGUCGAUAGCGAUAUUUUAUUUAAACAUUGUGGUUUCUCGAAUUGUGCUAACGCUUUCAAUUAUUUGAAUUGUAAAUACGAAGGAAAAGAUGGUGACAAGAUGAAUCGUUUUCAUCUUCAAAAAACAUGGUUUCUUUGGCGCCUUGGACAAUUUUGUGCAACCGAAAACUUCCGUAUGCCUGUUCCGGAUCAGCAAGAUUUUCAUACGACGCUUCUCGAUAUAUUACCAGAUAUUAGAGAUUUGUUUACUAGAAAAUGGGGUAGAAAAGACUAUCAUAAAUAUUGUAAAGGACCAUGUAGCGCUACUAUAGUUCUGGAUGGACAUCAAAAAGCAACAAGAAGAGUUUGUGCAAUAAAAAAUAUAUUUAUUUCUAGCAUCGAUGGAUCUAUUCGUGACGUCAAAGUAGGAUGUUCUGCUACACCUGCAUAUAAGAGUAAAAGAUGUCGUGAACAUUUAUCAACGAACAAUGAUGAUAACAAUGAUACACCAGAAGAUAUAAACACACAAUUUCCUCAUGUUCGUCGUCUACAUAGAAAAAAACGAAGAAUUCAGAGAGUUCGAUUUCAUCUUCGUUGUAAAACAUUAAAAUCGUUACAGUACAAACGCAUAUUGCAUCGUACAUCUGGUAUCGUGGCAGCAGCUUAUAAUUGCGGAUUUAUCUGUAGCAUUUAUGAAUUAUUUGGAUAGGUAGUUAAGAAUAGUACUCUUGUACAUCACAAACAAACGAAUACUGUUUGGGAAUAUUUGGGUACAUAUGCUCAAACAGAUGAUACUAUUAAUUUUAUUCUAGAAAUUCCAGUAUUUCAGUUCAUGUGUGAUGUUUUUCCGAUUUCAAUGGCUUUCGCUAUGAAGGCUUGCACACAAUAUCGAACUCGUCUUUUAGAGAACGGAAGUGCACGUCGAUUGACGGAAUUAGUUGAGGCACGUGUUGGACAACGAGACAAACGACAAAUAGGAGAAUUUGCCUUAGGCGCAUUCGCUACUUAUAGUGGAUAUAGAAUUAUCGGUGAUCUUUUUGGAGGAAAGAAUGAUGAAAUAAUAGAACGAUUAGAUAGAAGUGAAAGCUUUCAAAAACACCAAGAAACAUUAGAUGAUGCACUAAUUACAUCGAUUUUAUCGUUAGAAGAUAAUAAUCUAGUUAUGUUGAAAAGUUUCAAGAACUUGUUUGAUAGUGUGAAUGAAACACGUUCUUUGAUUUAUAAUUUGUUAAAGAUGUCAUUAAGAGAGCAGGGAACUUUUACAGGUUGGGCAAAAUUUUCUUUGAAAAGUGAAAUGCGUAGACACUAUGAACAAAUAGUGGCUGCAUUUACAAGAGUUGGAAAUCAUGAUUUGAAUCUCGAGAUGUUUUCUCCAGAACAGAGAACAUUCGUUCACGAGUUUUUGUGGCAUCGCAUUCAAAAACUUCUGCCAGAAAAUUUUUCGAUUUCUUUAGCUCAGUUUGUGCCUAAUCUUUUAGUGCAACAGAUAAUAUCUUUUUCUCAAGUGAAUGAAAGUGAAAUUGUAUACGAAUUGAAAGAAGAUGAUUUUAAUUUUGUUGUUGAAAUCGACUCACAUGAUAUUGUUACUAGGAAUGAAACAAUUGACCUUGAUUCGAUACUUCCAAAAAUUGUAGGACAUGCACGAAUUGAAAAUUUUUUUGGUAUUCCGACAAAUUUCUCUCAUAAAAAAAUGGAUCUGUUUAAGAUAACACGUCUACCAAUGUUUGUUGAGGGAAAAAAAGCUGUGUAUAUAGCAAAUCUUCCUCAAUAUUUAUCGUUAGCUGAAGAUGGAAGCUCCUCGGAGUGGUCUGAGCAUAAGGAUCGAAAGUGCACAGUUGAUGAACAAUCAAAAUAUAUGUUUUGUUCUGUUCCAUUGCCUGUAUUUAGUUCUAUUCAAAAUGCUUGUCUAAGGUCCAUAAUAUUGAAUAUAUCAACAACUGAUUGCUUAAGAGAAACAGUUGAUUUAUCAUCUCCUUAUGUUCUUAAAUUAGCACCUAAUAUACAUGCAAUUAGCGUCUACACAUCGUUACAAUGUUUUGAAAAAGGUGACAAAAUAAAAAAAAAUGUGUUCAGUAAUGUAACGAAAGUAGCUAUUAUUAAAACUCAUUGCAAUAGUUAUAUAUCCUGUGGUGCGCUUGAUUUUCAAUCACUAGGAGGCGUUUGUGAUAGAGUUGAAAGCUACGUAUUCACUUUUAAUACUAGUUAUGAACAUAUAUAUAGACUUGACAAAUCAGUAAAUCCCGUUGACGUUGAAAUCAAUGAUUUAAAAGGGAUAAUGGAUAUUUCCUCUUUAAUCGAUUCAGCUCUUGCACAAAAAAGUCAGUUAAAAAAUGCUCAGCUCGAAUUUCAGUCAAAUAUACACCGUGUGAUAAAAACAAAACUUUGGCCUAAAGUUUUGAUAGGAAUUUUUCUUUUUAUUCUUAUUGUAAUCAUCAGUAUUAUUGCUUAUGCAUCUAAACUUUUUUUGAAGAAAAUUACAUGUGUCAGCAGCUGUCGAAAACUAAUUGAUUUUUUAAUUCAUAUAUGUUUUAAAAGAAAAAAGUGUCAAGUUGCUAAUUCAUUACUUGAUAUAGACGGUGAUAUUAUAUCCAUUGCAGAAAAUGAUACAUCGUAUGACAAUGUACAUCACGAUAAAAAAACUAUUGAACAAUAUCAACCCCUCUUGAACAGAGCUGUUUGUAAUAAUCUGCUUGUUCAUCCAUUGCAAUUAAGUCGCACUACUAAAGAACUAUCGUCUUUUAGUCCACCGACAAUACUUGAAUCUAUCCCCUUGGAAACAUUGAUUGACUCAUCCGAUGUCUUGUCAACCAAUAUCUCAUAUAGAAAACCUUAUCCACCACCAAGAAAAAUUUAUAAUAAUAUUCGAGGAUCUAUCGAUUUGACACCGAAUCAUUCGAGCACUACUUCCGGAGAAUACUUUGAAGACCAUGUUAGUUUGAAUUAA